ACACGUCCUCUUCGUCAUCUACAUCGCUGUCACCGUCCGUACUACCAACGCACACAGGGUCUCCGAGAUUAUAUAAAAAGACAUCAAACUCUCAGCUGACACCCCAAAGGCGUUCGAAUUCGCGUCAAAAAGCGCAAGCGCAAAUUCCACCCAUCAAUACACUUUCAGCAAUAGAAGAUAAUCAAUCUAUAGCUUCUUCAAUUAGUGAUUCGCCGAUCGAACGACCUUCCUCAUCUGCAGAACCGGACGAAGCAAAAACGACUGUAACAAUUAAUGUUGUAGAUCCUCGGACUGAACAGGUGAUAAAUGGUGAUGUUCCUCGAGAAAAUAAUUUCCAGAUAGAAAAUAUUUCCGACAGCCAUUUGGAUGCGAAUGAUUCCCAAUCAGGUAUUCAUAAAUUUUCUCCGGAACAUGCACAAGAACACAUUGAAUCAUGGAAUAGAAACUCGGUCUCAAACGGAGAUGAGAAUAAUAGACGGAUAGCCUUGGACAUGAUGACAUCACCAUCUAUUUCAUCAACUCAUGAUGCAUCACCAAUAUUGCACAAAAAGAACUCAAAUACUCGAUUAAAGGAACAUCGGAGGCAAAAUUCCCGUCAAAAGGAUCAGACCGUUUUUGUCGAUCAAGAAAGCGAUGAAGGAUAUCAAUCAGACCGUAACGUAAAUCGCCGAAAUUCUUUAGAAACUCCUGUCAUAGAAAAAAAUUUUCAAGAUUCAACUCAAGAGGAUGAAACUUUUAUAAAACCUGGGCACAGGAGACGGAGGAGGAGAACCAGGAGUUCUAAAAAUAACAACCAGCAAAAUUCACGAGAACAGCAGCGCCCUGAACAAAAAUCAUCAAAACAUGAACAAACACCGAAGCAUGAACUUGUACAACAUAAGGUUAACGAGUUAACUAGAUCGCGCAAGUCUAGUGAUUCAAUUAGGUCAAUGUCAUUCGCUCCUUUGCAGAAACAAUUGCAUGUACAAAAUCCCGCGCAGCAACAACAACCGAAUGAAUUGAACAAAUCUCUUCAAAUUGGAGAUUCAACAAAAACAAAUUGGCCAAAGUCAACGAAUCAAAACAUCGAUGCUUUACAAUUUCAAUCACAACAACGACCGCAUCAGCGUUCUGAUCAAUCAACCUAUUUUCCUUCCGUCAAUAAACGUAAUAAUGUCCCUAUCUACCAACAACCUUCGAACGCCACAACUAUUCCCGCAAAAGCCGAGUUGAACAAAAAUACGACCAUAUUCCGAAGAUCAGAAAUACUUGCGUCACCUCAUACUGAAAUCUCAACACAAAAUACCCAUCUGAUUGAUCAAUCGAAUACCGAUACCCCCAUGACAAAGUUUACUUCCUAUGCUGAUGUAAUUUCACCUCAUAAUCGAAAUUCUUCAGUCACAACGAGAAUUCCUCAGACAAUGAAUUCGUUGUUAUCAAAUGAGGUUAAAAUUACAACACCCGCCCCAACUGCUUCUGUAAUGAAUGUUACAAACCGCCAAUGGUACUCACCUUUCGGAUCUGGUCUCUCUAUUCAAUUUACCCCACCGACCUCCCCCAAAAAUAGCCACAGCAAGCUGCCAUCAUCAAAAAAUUCUUCACUCACUUUUGCUUCAACGUCUAACUCUUCAUCAACUAUACCUGAACGACAUCAGUCAGUGAUUUCACCACCACCCCCAAUAUCUGCCGCAAACAAUGCGUCUUCAUCAAUGUCGAUGUUUACUUCUUCACCUUUUUCUACUCUAAACACAUCUUCAUCGAAUUUAAAUCAAUUAAAUUCUAUGAACGCAUUGUCGGCCUCAUCUUCAUUAAGGGGAACAUUCUUCGGUAAAAAACAUCCGAUUUUGGACAAAGAAAAGGGUGAUAU